AUGGGAGCCACGUGCCCGUCGGCCUCUGCGUCGCUCUCGCUUUUCCUUCGAAGCCUCCUCCCGAGGCUCUUCCUUCUGCCGGGUGCCCGACCUCCCCCAGCCGAGGGUGGCUGUGAGCAAGCGCAGGCACACUCGGCAGGUUCCGUUCUUUCUUCGCGUGAGCCGGUCUUGUCUCCGGCGCAGCACCGCGCCCUGCCUUUUGAAUUUGUCACUGUCGACGCCUCGUCCGAGCCUCAGCUGGCUGCGUUCCUCGCUCUCCCUUCUGUUCCCUCACUGGUGUGCUUCUACCGUCGAAAAAUGUACUCAGUCCUGGCGCCUGGCGCGUCGGACGCCGCGCUUCUCCGAUUCCUGCGCGAGGCUGCCGACCUCGCCGAGGCCUCGGGGCCUUCCCAGGAGGAGAAAACGGCGUUUUCGCGCGUCGCGCCACACAAGGCAGCCGAGGCUGUGAACGAGGCUCGAGCUGAGGCAGCCAGCGGUCUCCAGGGAGGGCCUUUCGCCGGGGUCUCCGCUUUGGGCUCCAAACGCACCACGGCGACAGAGGCAGUCGCGCUCGCAGGGGCGUGGGCCGAACGGAAAGACGUGCAGUGUCUCCUCACCCGAUUGGAAGCCGCGAUGGCGCAGCGGCAAGCCGAGGAAGUCCAGCGACUGAACGACGAGCUGGCUACGGACUGCCGCAGAGAAGACGCCGUGCUGACAGGAGGCCGAAGACUGUUCGCAGAGCUGCAGCUACGACUUACACGAGGCACACCGCCGGACAGGAAGGCUCUCACUGCUGUUCUCACUGAAAUCCUCGGCGGCGCCCUGAGUCUUCCCGAGAGCCUCCACCCUGCAGAAGCUGCCGCCGCGUCUAGGCACGGGGCGCGAAGCGUGACGGCUGCGGAAACGCUUCGAACUCGGAGAAAAACUGGCGCUGCGGAGCAAUGGGCUUCGCUCUACGAUCGCGGAGGUUUCUGGGAUGAACUGGAGACGAGUCCGGCGUGCGCGCGCCUCCUAGCACGCGCCACAGUCGCGCUUUUUGACCACGAACGCGCAAAUCUCCAGGAGCUGGAUCUGUGGAUGAGUCGCCUGGACGGAGACGAACCCGCCGAGUGGGGAGCUGUGAGCGCUUCGUUUUCCGAAGCACUGCGCGAGGUCCUCGAAGCCGAGGAACCGGUCAGGCCGUUGGAUGAAGCCGUGCACUUCGCGCAUGUGACCACGAAAAACGAGCGAGAUCUCGCCAGGUAUAGGCCUUCAGUCUUCUUUCUCUCCUCGAGUUCUCUUCUUUCCUGUCCCCUCCGAACUGCGAGUCGUCUCCACCGCCUCAAAGCCGCCCGGCGCUUUCACCAGGGAGGGCACGACGAGGCCUUGGGGCUAGCCGUCCGCGCCUACCGCCUCGAGUGCCAGGGCGCGGCUGGACGGCGCGACACAGCGCCGGCGCACGUUCUUGGAAAGUGGCGAGAUGACGAAGCGACGCUUCACGAAGUGGAUGCUUCGCACGACAGAAUCGGAGGAAACGGAACGGAAGAUCUCUUUGACCAGAUGACUUGCGCCCGAGCCGGCUGGCCGGCGAGGGCCCUCGUCAUGGCCAUGUACAUGGCUCUGGGCGCGAAACACCCUGCAGUGCAGCGCAGCCGUGCCGAGUUGGAAGUCGUGCUCGGCACCGACGGGUUCGUCCCAGUCGUCUUCCCGCACACGCGAGCGCGGCCUGGCGGAAAGCCUAUCAUGAUGCGUGGAAAGAGCGGCAAGUGGCACUGGCUCGGCCCGUAUUGGAAACCGCCUUGGGCGCCUUCAAACAGAGCCCGAUGGCCGACCGGACCCGAGGAAUGGGCAUGGUCGGACCCUACCCGGUGA